AUGCUAAAGUCCAUCGUUAAACCUCUCGCCAGAGUUAGCAACAACCAAACAACAAAGAAGACUCUGGCUGUUAUGGCCAACUCGGUCGCACAAAAACGUUUCUAUGCCGAGAAGAAGAAGGACAAGCAAGAAAUUGAAGAUGCCUUUUCAUAUAUUCCAAACCGUUUCGUUAAAUCAAUGCCUGAUGAUAUGAGUGAAGCUGUUCAAAACAAAAAACUCACUCUCACUCUCUGUACAAACAACAGCUACAUCAUCAGAAGCGAUAAGAUUGAUGAUAUUUCUCUUCCAACUGUAGAGUUCGGUGAAUAUGGUAUCUUCCCUAACCACAGAACACAAGUCAUGAGAGUUAAUCCAGGACUUAUCAAAAUCAAAUAUAAUGACGAAAAGACUGUCAAAUGGUUCUCCUCUGGUGGUUUUGCUUUUGUUUACUAUCACGGUUUUGUUCAAUUGAAUUUGGCUGAAGCAUACAAACUUGAUGAGUUGGAUGUCAACCUUGUAAGACGUGAAGUGGAAGCACAAAAGGAAUUGCUGAAGAGCAGAGACAACAACGUUAGAGGUCAAGCUGAAAUUGGAUUGGAGCUUCUUGAACCAUUGUUGGCUCUUUUGGAGGCUGCCGAAUAUGAAAUGUAA